CCGCACCUAUGGCCUGCUUCCAGCAUGUCCUUGCUCCACUAUUGGGAUACUCAGCGAUCAGCAAAACGCAGGAAGGUCUCAGGAACCGGCUCGGGCCAUGAGAGUACUGACAGCAGGCAAACAAGUCCCACACCUUCGGCAGGCGUGGACGCUCCUCCUUUGGUGGAAGACCCAGAGACUCAACUAUUCAGCAGCCAAACGGACCUUGAAACUUCUCUACCGCCGAUUAAAACAGACGAAGAAGCCAUUAAAGAGUACGAGUUUUCUCAGAAAGAGCCAGGGUUGCAUGUUAGAUUACGAGAUGGUGUCUGGCGGAAGGGCAAAAGUUCUAUCUAUGUCGAUGCCUUUAAUCUGACGCUGGAGACUGUCCUGGAUGAGGAAUCACAUCUCUUUAACCAGCGCGAAAUGCAAGUUUUUACACAGUGGAGGGAAUUGUCUUAUGAAUCACAGUACUUGUAUGUUCGACUCUUCCUGCGCAAAACAUCCGCAUGGCAUCGUGUCAGUCGCCUCGGCUACUAUUCAGAUAUUUCCGAUCUAUCAGUGGUAGCUGCCGAUCUUCAACAGGAUCGGCCACUUCCCAAAUCGGAAGAACAGGAUGAUGCAAGCGAACUGAACACCGACACUUUUCGCUUCGCGGACUGCAGUCAGGAAAUUAAGACGCUCGAAGAAGCUUCGUCUCUUCUACUUCUGGAGGAGCUGAAAGGAUUCGCCAAAGAUGUCAAGGCACAGGGCAAGAACAAAAAGGAAUUGCUGGCAUCGUUGCAUACCGCAAGUCAAACCCAAACAGGCCUAGGUUUUAAAGAGGGCUCGGAUCAGUCGGACAAUCGCGACACCUACUUCGUCGAGAAAAUCCUGGAUUACACGGGUGAAUGUAUUCGCCUUUCGUCGGGACCACGGGCUCUCUUCGAACGGGUGCAUCUAGUCUUCUAUCGUUCGACCGAAUGGACCGAGAAAUCUCUCACUACCAUCAUUCUUGCAAAGAUCUCAAGGAGAAAUUUCCCCCAGUAUGUGGUCUGUCGCUCAAAUUCGAUCUUUCCCUCCCGAGCGGCUCUCCUGGAAUUUGAAGCUGCGGUUCGCACUCAGUUUGCCGUGGAUCAAAUUCUUGAGUUCAACGGCCCUCCGAGCCACGAAUCUCUGCAACACAUCAUAGAUCUGGCAGAUCGCUAUCACCCACGAUGGGCCGAGUUGGUCAAACAAGAACAACAGAAAGAAGACUCUAUCUAUGAAAGUGGCGAGGGAGCCUACCUUCGCCGCUUCUCACCCGCAUGGGUAUACACGAGGAUCAUCCAUAAGAGUCUGCACCCUCUCGGUCGAUUCAAAGAACACAAGCGCGAGCAUGAAAUACUUAGCGAACUUCUCGCGCAGCGACUAUUCCACGCUGCCCGACGAGGAGCCUGGUAUCAACGGAAAGCCCUCCUAGAAGAACACUACAUGUGGGCCUUGAUGCCAUUUGAAGGCCGAAACGAAGACAAGCAGCGCAAAUUCUGGAAACGAGUUGCACUGCGCACCUGCGAAGAGGGACUGGAAGAUCCGCUCUGCCAUCUCAUCUUCCACUACGACCUCCAGAAACGGAUCAGCAAGCUCGAAAGAGCCCUGAAAGUUGUCAAGCGGGAACAACACGAUUUCGGACAUGUCAUGCUGAGCAAGCCCGCCGAGCGGACCAUCGAAGGGAUCCGCAUCGACCAUGACGAACCUGCACGCAAGGGGAAGGCGACUGUCUGGGUUGACGAGCGCGAAGGCGGCGAGUGUAGAGUGGAAAGUAUGUGUCUGAGUUGGUAUCGUGACAAUGGGUGGAAAGGAUAUCACUCCGAGGGAGGCAUCGUGCGGACAUUGUUCGGGCUGCUCUUCUACGAUAUCCUGUUCACCUUUGUCCCCAAUGUGUUCCAGACUCCUUUCCAAACCUGUCCCCUCGAUCUCCAUACAGAUGUCUUCUACCCUUCGCGAGCGUCGGAGAUAAACCACCGACUCGUAGAAAUUACGAAUGGGGAUGCAGAGCGUAUCGUUCGCGAUAUUCAUGCUCGCGAAGCAUCUGCUCAACCGUGUGCGAUUGGCAUCGACUGGUCCUUCGAACUGGACGAUCUUAUAGAGAUUGUACAGUGUUUUCGUGGCGAGGCUCUGGCUACUAUCUGUAAGGUUAUGGCACAGGAGUAUCAACAGCGUGGCGGUGGCAUUCCUGAUCUAUUUCUUUGGGAUUACGAAGCGAAGACUGUCAUGUUUGCGGAGGUCAAGUCAGAAAAUGACCGCCUAAGUGAUACUCAACGUCUCUGGAUACACAUCCUUCUUGGCGCUGGAGUCAAGGUUGAAUUAUGCAACGCGGUCGCGAAAGAGGUUAGGGCUGCGGCUGAGUGA